UUGACCGAAGAAAAUAGUAAAACUAGUUUAUAAAAUGGUAGCGCUUCGCUCCGUUAUUUUUUGGGUGCUUGCAGUUGUGACUUCCACACAAGCAGCCAAUAUUUUGGGGCUCUACAGCAGCUACAGUCCCUCGCAUCUGAUAAUCCACAUGUCGGCGGCCAAGGCAUUGGCCGAAGCAGGACAUAAUGUGACGGUGGUGUCGAUGAUGGAGCCAAAAGUAACGCACAAGGACAUCCACGUAAUUGUAGUGCCGCUGGAGAAGGAAAAACUGCUCAUUCUGGAAAACCAAAUGGUCACCAUGGCCGGGAAGAAGAACUCCAUGAUAAGCACCUUUCACCGCAUCUUAAACGACAUGGAUGUGAUGAUCGAUUCCCAGGCUGAUAUACUUUCCGACCCGAGAUUCCUGCGUAUUUUCGACACCAAAUUUGAUUUGAUGAUAUUGGGUGCCUUCCUUAACGACUUCCAAUUGGGAGUUGCAGCUCAGCUAAAGGUUCCUGUAAUCGUUGACUGGAUGACAGCGCCGAACUUCAUAACUGAUGGGUUUACGGGAAACCCUUCUGAGUUAUCCUACGUACCCAAUGUAGCCACUUUUACAACGCAUCCCAUGAGCUUCCUUAAACGAGCAGAAAACCUGGCCAAGCACCUGCUUAUGGCUUACAUGUCGACACUGCUGGAUUCCAAAUUGACAGGCAUUUAUAAGAAAUUCUAUGGUGCAGAAAACGGACAACCAACUCUUAAUGAGCUCAGAAAGAACAUCUCUAUGGUCUUUGUCGGCUCUCAUUUAGUCAGCGAAGGUCCUAUAAGACCUUUGGUACCCGCCAUCGUUGAAACUGGAGGCAUUCAGGUGAAGGAUAAGCCGGAUCCACUGCCCAAAGAUAUUGAUGAGUUUCUAAGCAAGUCUACCCAGGGAGCUGUCUUUCUCUCACUCGGCUCCAACAUCAAGAGCUCCACGGUGAAUCCGGAAAUAGUUCAGACCAUCUUCAAAGUGCUAUCAGGACUGAAACUGAACGUUAUCUGGAAAUGGGAGGAUCUGGAGAACACACCCGGCAAUGCAUCCAACAUUCUAUAUAAGACUUGGCUGCCCCAAGAUGAUAUCCUGGCACAUCGAAACACCAAACUUUUUAUUACUCAUGCUGGAAAGGGAGGCAUCACCGAGUCCCAAUACCAUGGAGUACCUAUGGUGGCCUUGCCCAUUUUUGCGGAUCAACCCGGAAACGCUGAAAUCAUGAAAAAUUCGGGAUAUGGCGUGGCUCUCAAUUUGCUCACUAUUACCGAAGAAAGCCUAAGCAAGGCCAUCAAAGAAGUCUUGGAAAACGAGAAGUAUAGUCAAGCUGUUGGCAAGUUCUCCGCUCUGUACAGGGAUCGACCUCUGACCGCAAAACAAUCGGUGGUUUUCUGGACGGAGUACGUCCUGAGGCAUCAUGGUGCACCCCACCUGCAGAGUCCGGCGGUGCAUAUGAGUUUCAUUGAAAGAAACAAUCUGGAUAUAUACACUCUUCUUAUAACGAUUGUGGUAUUGUUUGUUUUCUUAACCCGACUGGUUGCAAAAUUUGUGUGGAGCAAAAUCCUGGGCAAGGCAAAUAUUUCAACGGCCAAAAAAAAACAAUAA